AGUAUCAGUUGAGGAUUUAUAAGAAGAAAACCAAGUAAAAUACUGAAUUGAAAUAGUUAUUUUAAAAAGAGAAAAUAGGCAAAAUUAAGAACAAAACAUAGUUGUCUGAGAUAUGUCACUGCAGACAAAGGAGAGAUUUAAACAAUCUUAAAACUGAAGAAAUUUAUGUCAAUGGAAAAGACUUAGUACAAGUCAAUAAGUUAAAGCAGUUAUAAAAAUUGUUUCCCUUCAACCUUAUCCAGAAUGUUUUAGAGAUUAAGUCCUACCAAACCUUCAAGGAAACCUAAUGAUCUAUAUAAAAUAUUCAAGAGGAAAAAGAAAUAUAGGUUGUAUGUAAAGUAUGCCCCAACCAAGUUGGUUUUAAAACUAUUAUCCUCUUUGGAACCUGCACUUUGGUUAGGUAAACAAAACAAACAAAACACCUUGUUCUUGUUGCUAAGAGCUACACGCUGCACAUCUGGAGGUGAGGAAUCCUAAGGUUUGCAACUUGCUCUCAGGUAGUGCAGCAAUAACGAUGAUAGCCAUCUUUUAUGUAUUCAGAGAGAGAUCAAACAGUUAUGGUAAAAUUUUAAUAAAUGACAGAACUAAAUAUAAGUUAGAAAUAAUAAAAAUAUAUUUUAAAAUUUAUUUCCCCUGUAGAUUUUCCCACCCUUUUUCAUCUUCUCUCUUCCUUUCUUCAACCCUUUCUCCCUUCCUGCCCUCCUUUUCCCGGUCUCUUCUUUGCAUCUUGUCCCCUGCACAUUCGAGCCCCACGGUGAACACAGGUGACUCUGUCCACCUCAGGCCAGAUGCGGGCGGACAGGGGAGUGGGUGCUCGCCUGAGCAGUUUGUAAGCUGUGCCUGGACCCGCUGUUACUGUGUCCUUUAGUGAAGUCACUCCAGUCUUUGAAGGAAGUCACACCGGCUCUAAAUUAUGUUCCCCACAGAAGAAGGAACAUUCUCGGUGGGUAUUUCCUAGAUCCUUAGGGGGCCGUCUGCUUCCUGGUUUUUGGUUCUUAGAAUCUAACAGCGGGGGGCCCAGGGCGGGGCGGGGCGGGGCUGGAAGAAGCAUUUCCCUAUUCACACGCCUCAGAAUCAACCAAGACCUUGUUUAAAAUAAGUCGGAUUCCAGAUCCCCCUCCGGAUCUACCAACUCGGAAUUUCCGAGGACCACAUAGGUCUUCAUUUUCUCAAGCGGCAGUUUGAGAACCAGAAACCUAAAUGCAGCUCUCUCCCCUCCCAGCCUGCACAUAAGUUCCUUUAUUCUGCUUUUAAAUCCGUGGACGACUUUUAUUUCCUUCAGCCCAGGGUUUGGGGGACGGGUGAUUUCCAGUCCUCACUGUAAACUCUGGCCCAGCAGAGAAAACUUUAGGGCCCUCCUGCGAGCCCCGCCUUGGGUUCUGCGAGCAUCCGCGCUGGGUGGUUUAGGUUCCUUUUCCGGACCCAGCAGUGGCGCCAGAGGUCUGCAGAGAGAAAGAUGCCGCUGUGCGGGUGAGUCCAGGGGUACAAAGGUGAGAGUAGAGGGAGAAAACGUCUUUCAUGGGGCAGAGCAGAGGGGGCUGGAAGCAGGGUGGGGUGGAGGGAACACACUUUGUACAAAAGACAACCUGGGAAGCUUGGGCGGGGGGCCGGUGUGUUGGGGGGCGAGGCAGCCAAAUCUAGAUCCAGGGAGCAACCCUGACCCUGAGCCCUAUACCAUCAGGGCCUCUUCCACCCCCAGAAUGAGUAGGAUUGGCUUUAUCUCUAGUUACAAUCAUCUCCAAAUGCUGUGCAACAAACCUAGCAUAUUAGCGUUAAAGUAUUAAAAGUCUUUUGGGAGGGUGGGGGUGAGCUGAAUGAGACGGUUUGCUGGAUUUGCACACCUAAGAAGUCCUCUAAGGAGUUGACAUCAUGGAGGAAAGGGCUUGGGCCCAGCUGUCAGGAGAGCUGGGUUCCGCCUGCCUCUCUGCAUCUCACUAUUCUUGCUAUCUUUAGAAGUGAAAAGAUUCUCUCUGAGAAUGAGCAGGACCCAAUCCCUGAAUGGCUAAAUAAAUUAUGAUGCUCAAAGUAAUUAAUAAAAAUGGAUGUGAAAUCUAAGAAAUGGUUAAAACUUUGUGAUGCAUGAGAUUUCCAGCCACAGAAAAAGUGUAGGGUAGGGGUCUUAGUGGAAUGGCUAGUAGUGACAGGCGGAGUUCAAUGUGAGAAAGCAUUUGCAGGGGAGACAAAGAUGAAAUGAACACAGUUCCUGCUACUGGAGUGGCUCAUUGUCUAACGGGAGGAGUGUAAGAUGGUAAGAUAGGGUUCAAGGGAGGGCACACCUGGUACCAUCAGGGAGGUUCAAACCAUGGCCUAGACCAGUGGUUCUAAAAUUUGCCAAUACAUUGGAAUCACCAAGGGAGCUUUAAAAGAUAUGAAGGUCUAAGUCCAACCCCAGGGAUACUAAUUCAAUUGGUUUGGGCCACUGCCUGAACAUACAGACAGUGAAAACUCUCCAGCUGGUUUUAAUAAGCAGCUGAGUUUGAGGACCAUGGUGUAGGUAUUCCAGAGACUAAGAGAGGAGUGCUGGGGAUAAGUCACAGCUUUCAGUAGAAGGAGGCCUUCAGGACGGCAUUAUUGUUAUUACAGUAUUAUUGAAGUAUAAUUCAUAUAUCACAUAAUUCACCCUUUUAAAGUUACAGUUAAGUGGUGUUUAGUAUAAUCCAGAGGUUGUGCCACCAAUCCCACUAUGUAAAAGAGAUCUUUUAGGAUGUGCAGUUCUGAUGGGCUGGAAGGCAGAGGAGAGUAAUCCAUAAGAGGGGAAUGUGUAAGCAGUGGCAUCCUGAUAGGACAGGGUAAGGAAAUGGGGGGAGCCCACUUUUACUGCAACCCAGGGGAGAUGUCACCAGAGAAGUGGAAGAUGAUGCCAGACAGCUGGUUGUGGCAACUGCAGGCUUUGAUGGUGGAGUAGAGACCUUAUGUGUUAAUUCUGCAGAUGGGGCAGCUGUGGAUGGCUGGGGCCUUAUGGUUAUAACUGGCGACAGGCAGGUGUUUAGGAAGCCUUUGCAGUUCUCUAGGCUGAGGUAGAUGAAAGCCUGGACUAAGGUAGCUGCAGUGGGACUGAAAAGGGGUUGGAGGAGCUGACUGUGAGCCCAUGAGAGGCAGGGGAAAGGGGAUCAGAAGGGACCAAGCUGGUGAUGCUUAAAGAGAACUUGGGGGAGAGAGGCUGGUGUGCAGGGAGAGGGCUAGAGUUUGCCUGUACAUCUGUUGGGUUUGAGGGGCAGAUGGGCCCAGAGGCACAGUUGUCCUGAGGCAGGUUGGAAAGGGAGUUGGGAGAGGUUGGUGUUGGGGUCGAUCGUGGGGAGCCACCUCAUUGGGCCUGAAUCAAGAGGCUGCCUUGGGAGAGUGUGGACACCUAUAGGCAGAGGCCACAGGAAAAGACACAUGGCUCCGUCUUGGAGUCAGUGGGAGGAGAAGAUUAUAAUGGUGGAAACAUCUAGAAGAGUUUGAACUCUGGGGAAGAGUCCUUCAUCUGGGCAAGUGGCUUCUGAGAGGCAGAGCUGCUGAAAUCUGCAAAUCUGGUCUCAGCGGACUGUUGCCAGUACCUCUGCUGUGCAAGGUGGAGGGAGGGGGUUAUGGUAGAGAAGUUGUGCCUGAAGGAAGAAGCCCUGAAAGGCCGGAAACGUGGGGUGUCUCUGAAGCAGCCUUGUGAGACCUUCCCUGUCGCGGGCGGGGAGUCUUUUUGCAGAGGAGGGAGGCGGUGAUCUGGGCGCUUCUGGUGGGGGGGGCGCCCUAACUCUCUGCUGCUCAGAGCCUGUCCCUUCGGCAUUUGUCUGCACUUACCCUCCGUCUCACCUUCCUGGGGAUCCUAAGGCUUUUCUGGCCUCCAGGCUUUUCUAGGCAGCGGAAGCGGCCGGAUGGCGGUCCCCGCUCGGAGGAGGGAGGACUGGGACGGGGACGGGGCGGGGGCGGGGCCAAGUUUUUAAAGCUCCGUGCGGGCCGUCUCCGCUGCCAGUGCGCCGCCGCUGCCCAGCUCAGUGCCGCCCGCUCGCCUGCUGUCCCGGGGCCUCUGGGAGGUUGACAAGGUCUGGGCCAUGGCGCUACUCCUUGUCCUGCCGUUUCUAGCCAGUGCUGCCCUUUCUGUGCUCCCGGCUACCGCCGCUGGAUCACACAGUCUUCAUUACAACCUCACGGCGCUGUCCCGGGAUGGAUCUGUGCAGUCCAGCUUUUUCGCUGGGGGACACUUGGAUGGCCAGGCCUUCCUGCACUAUGACCGUGAGACAGGCAUAGAACCCUGGGGGCUGUGGGCAGAAGAGCUGGGAGCUGAGACGUGGGACACAGAGUCCAAGGACUUGACAGAGACGUGGAAGGACCUCAGAGAGCUUCUAGCAGAAAUCCUUGCCCUGCAGGAGGAGAAAGGAGGUGAGAAUCUGGGCUGUGAAAUCCGAGAAGACAACCACGCCUGGGGCUUCAGGUUUCGCUACUAUGAUGGGGAGCUCCUCCUCUCCUGUCACCCAGAGACCCACGGAUGUACAGCGCCCCAGUCCUUGGCUCGGAACUUGGCCAUGGAAAUGGAGAAGUCCUGGGACACAGAUGGCUUUCAAAGCAAGUGUUACCAGGCCCACAUGCAGGGAGAGCUUUGUGGAAGACUGCGGGGCUAUUUGGAAUCCUGGACAGGCUUC